AGCUUUCUAUGUCUUUAAAUCCCAAUCAAAACAAUCUCACAAACUUCACUUCAUUACUUUAAAGAAAAACAGAAUCCUCUGACUCCUUUUUGGUCCCAUGGAUAUUAAAAGUGAAAAUCUUGCAAACCAUGAACUCAACUGCAGCUUAAAACAAGAUGAAGUAGUUGUAGUCAUGAUCCCAGUUCCAGCUCAAGGCCAUCUCAACCAACUUCUCCAAUUUGCCUGUCUAAUCUCCUCUUAUGGUCUCCGCGUUUACUAUGUUGGCUUAGCCGACUAUAACCAUAAGGCCAGGGUCCGAGCCAACGCCUUAAAUCCUUCAGACAUUGCCAAGAUCCACUUCCAUGACCUCCCAAGCACUCCUGAUUUUGCAUCUAAUGAAAUCCCAACACUCUUUAACGCGUGCAUGCUUUUACGCAAGCCUAUUGCUUCCUUCUUAAGAGAUAUUUCAUCUAAAGCAAGACGAGUUGUCAUUGUUCAUGAUGCUUUAAUGUCCUAUAAUGUUCAAGAUGUUGCUUCCUUUAACAAUGUCGAGUCCUAUAUCUUUCAUUGCAUUUCUAGUUUCGAUAUGUACUGUAGUUACACAUGCGAAAUAGCAGGGUUGCCCAUUCCACUUGAAGCAGAACAGCUAAAAAGACUGCCCUCCCUUGAAGGAUGUUACUCUGAUGAAAUCAUGCAUCUAGGACGACGUUUUUAUGCACCGUAUAUGGGCAUUAGGUCUGGUGAUAUCUAUAACACAAGCUAUGUAAUUGAAGGUACAACUUUUCUUGAGUUGAUAGCACAACUAGCAAGCACACGAAACAAGAAGCAAUGGGCGAUUGGACCAAUUCUCCCGACUAAACGUCUAGAUCAUCUCUCAAAUAGGGACAACAUAUGUUUGGUUUGGCUGAAUAAACAACAUCCAAAAUCAGUUCUUUAUAUAUCCUUUGGAACAUCAACUUCAUUUUCUGAUGAACAAAUUAGGGAGCUCGCGAUGGGAUUAGAGCAAAGCAAACAAAAGUUCAUAUGGGUGUUGAGGGAUGCCGAUAAAGGAGAUAUCUUUCCUGGGAAAGCUAGAAGACUUGAAUUGCCAGAAGGGUUUGAGGAAAGAGUGAAAGGGGUGGGCUUAGUAGUGAGAGAAUGGGCACCACAACCAGAAAUCCUGGCUCAUUCGUCGACAGGUGGAUUCAUGAGUCAUUGUGGUUGGAAUUCUUGCAUAGAGAGUAUUACUAUGGGGGUGCCAAUAGUAGCAUGGCCUAUGCACUUUGAUCAACCAAAAAAUGGUUUCUUGGUGACCGAUAUACUUAAAAUAGGCGUGCUCGUUAGGGAGUGGGAGAAACGCGAGGAGCUGGUGAGUGCAUCCACCAUUGAGAAUGUUGUGACGAAAUUAAUGGCAUCAGAAGAAGGUGAUGCGAUUAGAAAAAGAGCAGAAGAGCUGGGAGAAGCCGUAAGGCGGUCCACAGAGAAAGGGGGAUCUUCUCAAAUGGAGUUGGAUUCUUUCAUUGCGCAUAUCACAAGAUAGACUUAUUGCUUUGUAUUUCUCUCAGUGAAGAGAGAGUAGCUUAACUAAUAGUAAUAAAUAUGGUUCUAACUAUGCAGACUACACAGGGUUGAUGUGGAGAGUGAUCUUGUAUACAUUUCUCAGUUUUUUGCCUAUGAUAAAUUGGUUGUAUCCAUGUAUCCUAUAUUGCACUGUUUUAUGACAAAAGACUUUAGUUAUUA